GAGCUAGCAGGCGGGUGGGUGACCGGCUGUGGGUGGGGCGGCGGCCGGGGCCUUGGCUUUUUACGUUUGGGGCUAAGGAAGCUCCGGAGACCAGUUGGCCCCGGUGAACUCCGCCCAGCAUCAGGGCUAGGCGUCUCGGAGGUGACCGCCGCGAUCCUCGCGUCCGGCCCAAGCUGAAGCGGCCUCGGAGCCCGCGUCCCGCCCGGCGGCAUCUGCCCGACCCUCCGCGGGCUGCGCGCGACCGCCCCGGCUCUGGUCUGGGGCUGCGGCGGGAACCGCCGAGCUGGCUGGACGGGCCGAGGAGAAGAGGCAGCGCCCCGAGGUCAGGCCGUGGGCUCCGGGGCUCCCCGGGCCGUGGUCCCCCGUCCUUGCCUCGCAUUCCCACAGCCGGAGGAUCCGCGACCUCGCCCGCGCCGUUCGGCUGCUCCGCGGAGUGUGGCACCGAGCCCUCUGGCGGGGUGAUUUGUCCUCCUUGUUCUUGCUCAGGAGAGGCAUCACUCUGAAGGGGACCUGUGCUCUUUAAAAGUUUUAACCGAAGUGGAAAUGCGUGUCCUCUUUUUCUGGACCACCAACGGUUUCCACUCUAGCCGCGGUCUGAGAUCACGGUCAGAGUAAAAACAGGAGAGUAAGGGCAAAAGGACCUACGAAAUUCCUCUGCAGUUGGCGUCUACCGGCCCGGAAGGGCAGAUGAACUUUGGAUUGAAGAUGCAGGGAGGUGAGCCGGCGUCGGUAAUGAAAGUCUCGGAGAGCGAAGGGAAGCUGGAGGCGCUGGCCACAGCGGUGACCCCGAACAAGAACAGCGGCAACAGCGGCUGUGGGGGCGCAGUCAGCAGUAGCAGCAGCAGCAACAGCAGCCGCGGUGGCAGUACGAAAGGCUGGCAGUACAGUGAUCACAUGGAGAAUGUAUAUGGCUAUUUAAUGAAGUACACCAACCUUGUCACUGGGUGGCAGUACAGGUUCUUUGUUUUAAACAAUGAAGCUGGGCUGUUGGAGUACUUUGUAAAUGAACAGUCUAGAAAUCAGAAACCCAGAGGUACAUUGCAGCUUGCGGGCGCUGUGAUCUCUCCCAGCGAUGAGGACUCGCACACCUUCACAGUGAAUGCGGCCAGCGGGGAGCAGUAUAAACUCAGAGCCACAGAUGCUAAAGAGCGGCAGCAUUGGGUUAGCAGACUGCAGAUCUGUACGCAGCACCACACGGAAGCUAUUGGAAAGAAUAAUCCUCCCUUGAAGUCUCGGAGCUUCUCGCUUGCAUCUAGUGGUAAUUCUCCCAUAUCCCAGAGGAGACCAAGCCAGAAUGCCAUUUCUUUUUUUAAUGUUGGACAUUCCAAACUGCAGUCAGUGAACAAAAGAGCUCACUUGCAUCCAGACCAUCUUGUGGAAGUCAGAGAAAUGAUGUCUCAUGCUGAAGGACAACAACGAGACCUAAUUAGACGGAUUGAAUGCCUUCCUGCUUCUGGCCUUCUUAGUUCCUUGGACCAGGACCUCUUGAUGCUCAAAGCUACUUCCAUGGCAACUAUGAACUGCUUGAAUGACUGCUUUCACAUUCUCCAGUUGCAGCAUGCAUCACACCAGAAGGGUGCAUUGCCCUCAGGGACGACAAUUGAGUGGUUGGAACCAAAAAUACCUUUAUCAAACCACUAUAAAAAUGGAGCUGAGCAGCCCUUUGCAACUGAAUCGAGCAAGCCCAUGGCAGUCCUGGAAGCGCAGGCUGUUGCAGAAUCUGCAGUAUUAGCAAGGGAACCUGAAGAAAUCAACGCAGAUGAUGAGCUAGAGGACACCUGGGACAACAAGGAGGAUGACCUGGGGGCCGUGGAGGAGCAGCGCAGUGUUAUCCUGCAUCUCUUGUCACAGCUCAAGCUGGGCAUGGAUUUAACGAGAGUGGUACUUCCGACAUUCAUCCUGGAGAAGCGGUCCUUACUGGAGAUGUAUGCAGAUUUCAUGUCUCAUCCAGACCUGUUCAUAGGCAUCACCAAUGGAGCCACGCCAGAGGGCCGAAUGAUUCGCUUUGUUGAGUACUACCUUACCUCAUUUCAUGAAGGCAGAAAGGGAGCCAUUGCUAAGAAGCCGUAUAAUCCUAUCAUUGGAGAAACUUUCCACUGCUCCUGGAGGAUGCCCAAGAGCGAAGUGGCAUCUGCUGUGAGUGGCAGCUCUUCCACCCCAGCCGGCACAAAUCAUGCUCCUGUGCCGGAGGAGGCUCUGGCCCAGGGGGCCUCAGACUGUUACACUGUCAGAUUUGUUGCUGAGCAGGUUUCCCAUCAUCCUCCAGUCUCAGGAUUUUAUGCAGAAUGUGCAGAAAGGAAGAUGUGUGUAAAUGCCCAUGUCUGGACUAAAAGCAAGUUCUUAGGCAUGUCCAUAGGUGUCACAAUGGUUGGAGAAGGUACCCUGAGUCUGCUGGAGCAUGGGGAAGAGUACACAUUCUCCCUGCCUUGUGCAUAUGCCCGCUCCAUUCUGACAGUUCCUUGGGUAGAACUGGGUGGCAAAGUUGGCGUCAACUGUGCAAAGACAGGGUACUCAGCCAGCAUCACUUUUCAUACUAAGCCGUUUUAUGGAGGCAAACUGCACCGAGUCACAGCCGAAGUGAAGCACAACGUUACCAACACUGUGGUGUGCAGAGUACAGGGGGAGUGGAACAGCGUGCUGGAGUUCACCUACAGCAGCGGGGAGACCAAGUGUGUGGACCUGACUAAACUGGCUGUGACAAAGAAAAGAGUACGGCCUCUGGAGAAGCAAGAUCCCUUUGAAUCCAGACGAUUAUGGAAAAAUGUAACGGACUCUCUGAGGGAAUCUGACAUUGACAAGGCCACAGAGCACAAACGUACCCUGGAAGAACGCCAGAGAGCUGAAGAGAGGCAUCGUGCUGAGACAGGCACCCCCUGGAAAACCAAGUAUUUUAUUAAAGAGGGAGACGGCUGGGUUUAUCACAAACCCCUUUGGAAAGUAAUUCCAUCACAACCAGCAGAGUGACACAGGCUUUCUAAGACUGGACCAAAUGAGGUUCUCCUCCGUGUACCCCAAGCCCUCUAGACGGAGUUGUUGCACUGAGUGACCCGCCUCCUAGUUGUACAGCCUGAACACGAAUGUACCUACUCGAGCCCAUCACCCUGCAGCAAGACCAAAGUGUUAUGGACACACGAUGGGCCUCUCAGCAGCCUGUUCACCACCGUGAGCAAUACCAUCUUACCGCCUUCCACCACGAGUACCUGUGUCACCUUUUGUCUCACCCAUGUCCCAG